UUCUAUUUUCCUCCUCACUUUUAGAGAAUUUCUUUGGUUUUUCCAUAUCACUAUAUAAGAUUUUCAGUUCACGUUACACACGUCUCAUUAUACAGUUCUGGGUACGCCAUCUCUACUUUAUUAAUUAAUUACUAAAAGACCUCCAACUGGAUCUUGAUACAGCAUACCAGCAGGCCCGUUCUCACACUUUUAUUUUGGAGUAACACAGACCAGAGCAUGUUAAGCUGUGAUGUGGUUUGCAGUUCAACGGUGUGCUUUUUUUUUUUAUGUCAGUGCCAUUCAGUAAAAAGUUUACGCGUUUUGUGAAGGACACGGCAAUUAGAUAAUGAUGAAGCUUCAGUCAACUUUCUGUGAUAGCAUAUUUAUUUAAGAUAUUUUUCAAUUAGAGAUGCAACCUCAUGCCUUCUUUUGCACCUCUCGGCUCUGAAGCUGUUGCACACCAUGCUUGAUUUCUCUUACUCUAACGGUAAUACGGCUGAAAUGGUCACACGGGGAUCGAGUACGUCAAACAGAAUGCUACAAACCUUAGCGUUAAGUCACACUAUGCAGCGGCAUAUCGCCCUAAAUAUAUGAAAAGUGAUGCAAACUUAUCUGUCCAGAAUAGAAAAUAGAAAAAAAUAGAAAAAUGCUUUAUUCAUCCCUUGGGGGAAAUUUGAGAGGGAAUUCGAAAGCAUUGACGAACCAGCGCGAAUGUUCUUCACAAGCAAAAGCACUGGCAUAAUUUAUUCAGAAUGUGGGUACCUACCAGGUCUAAACUACACUUAGACAUCUCCAUGGAGUUGCUCUUGUUCACAGGCUGAAGUCACUUGUGUUUAAAUGUGCAUUGUUAGAUCAUUGACUUGAAGGUAAACACAAAUAGCACCACCAUGUGGUUGAAACAGAUUACACAUGUCAAACGCUCAAAGAACUGAGCAGAUUUCUUCUGUUUGUGCAGAGUUGACCAGCGUGCAUCAUGGGGGAUGAAAGUAUUAAACUGAGUAAAGAUGACCUAUCGUUGUUUGACGGCUUUGAUGACCUGUACGAUGACAACAUCACCGAUUAUGACUAUAAUGAUUCAUGCUGUGAGCGGGGUGACGUCUGCGACCUUCAUGAGAAUACAGCUUUUGGAGCAGUGUUCAUAACUAUUCUGUAUUCUGUGGUGUUUAUUGUGGGUUUUCUGGGGAACGGAGCGCUGGUGGGUGUUCUGGUUAAGAGCAGGAGGAGCUGGAGUGUAACAGACACCUUCAUCCUCCACCUGGGUGUGGCAGACAUCCUGCUGUUGUUGACGCUGCCCCUGUGGGCUGCACAGGCUGCCCAGAGUGAAGGAUGGACAUUUGGUACACCUCUCUGCAAGAUCACUGGAGCUGUUUUCACGAUUAAUUUCUACUGUGGGAUCUUUCUCCUGGCCUGCAUCAGUUUGGACCGCUACCUGUCCAUCGUCCAUGCUACCCAGAUGUACUCCCGCAGGAACCCAAGGGUUGUUCAUAUCAGCUGCUUGGCUGUGUGGCUCUUCUCCAUGAUCCUCUCAAUCCCUGACUGGAUCUUUUUAGAUGCUGUAACGGAUGACAGACGAAACAGAACAGAGUGUGUUCGCAACUAUUUCCAGUUUAACAGCCAGACAGUAGAUGACUGGCAACUGGCAUCACGAACGCUCUACCACAUUGUGGGAUUCCUGCUGCCCUCAGUUGUCCUGAUCUUCUGCUACUCCUGCAUUUUGCACCGGUUGCGCUGCGGCGCCCAAGGUCUCCAAAAGCAGAGAGCUUUCAGGGUCAUUGUUGCGGUGGUAGUGGUUUUCUUUAUCUGCUGGACACCAUACAACAUCACACUGGUGGCAGACACAAUUUAUUAUCAGAGGAGCAAUGAAAUAUGUGUCAGUUCAUCUCUGGAGAAAGCCAUUAUAGUGACCACUUCAAUAGGUUUCCUCCACUGCAGCCUCAACCCCAUCCUGUACGCCUUUGUGGGUGUGAAGUUCCGGCGUCAACUCCUGGACAUAUUGAGGUCCCUGGGCUGCAUGAUCAAAACAAAUGCCGUAUUCCAGUCUGCUAGCAGCAAGAGAACCUCAAUUUGGUCUGAGUCUGCCGACACCUCCAACUCCAUGGCUAUCUGAAAAAAAAAAAAAAAAAAAAUCUAUGAACAAUUCUGCACAAGCUUGCAAAUGGACUUCAACUGUCAUAAAAAAAUAAAAUAUCUCUUAGUGUUUUUGCAGCUGAACAUGAACAUCAUUUUGUGUACCUCAGACAACUGCACUGUUAAUAGCAGAUAUUUCAGUAUAGUAUAGUAUAGUAUAGUAUAGUAUUUUCUUUUUAUUUUUUUUGAUUGCCAGGCAGCUUCAGUACCUUCAAUAAAGGUGAAGGUAAAGUGCUCUUUUUUAAGUGUCAUUAUACAUUUGUACAACAAACUUUACACACAGAGUUAAAUUACCUGUCAUAUUUUAUACUUCCGUUUGUUACAUUUCACAUAUGUAACACCUUUCUAUAAUAAAUGUUUAUACUUUUAACAAUCUCAAACAUGUUUUUUUAACAUCACAUUUUACAAUUCAGUUUAAAUCCAGUGUGUUUAGUGUGUUAUUCCAUACUCUCAUCCCCAUUCCCAUAUUUUCUGAUAUUCCACACAGUUUUCUAUAAAAUAAUUAAUACACAUCAACCAGUUGAUACAUUCUUUUCCCAGGUAUUUUUUUUUUGUUUCUAUUUAAAGCCUGCCAACUGGUUUGUCCCUGUGUAGAUCUGCAGGAGAUCCUGUUGCAUGCAGGAUUUCCAGGGUUUGUGGACCCCACCUAGGACUGUGGGGACAAAGAAGUUAGAAUUGUUUCUGGAAAUGUUCCUAAUGGGGUUGUUUACCUAGCUUUUAAGACACAUAUCACUGGUUUGGAUUAUAAAGGCAGCUUUUUUGCUAAAUGUCACUUUUUUUAAUAAAAUUGGAAACACAGUU